CAAAGAUACAAAUACCGCAACCGCAUCAACGGUGCGAAUGUGAAAACAAAAAGCUAAAGACGAAAAAUACUUGGUACGUGAGUAGAUGACAUAUCAUACGCUUUUGAUUAAACCACUUCAUUCGUCUAAAUCUGGAAGAUGCAGUUCAGUCAUAUCAUCUUACCUUAACCAAAAGUGCAGGCAGGAAUAUCAUAGCGACUUUCUCCUCAACUGAAUACAUACAGUCAGAUAUGAACCGAUUCAACAAUGCACCUUCAAAAUACAGUCACAAAAUUAGCCAAGACAAUCCAAGAUUUGAGAAGACGUUUUCUGAGUUGGAACAAUAUGGAUGUCUCCAGUUUGGUUCAUUUAAAAUCAUGAUUGGAUCCUUUAUUCGACUCAGAGACGUCAAGAGAAUUAAAGCACCUGGAGAUUUUUCUCUUCCUCCACCAGAAUUUGGGCUAGUUUACAGGAUCAUGAAGAGCCGGCGUGAUGGACCUCUGAUCCAUAUUUUUUACUUCAAUGCAUAUUCUGAUAAGCUUUCUGAAGUCAGGAAAGUAUUCCCAAAUAAGGAAGGUGCGAGAAACUUUCCACCUCUUGCAGUACAUGAUGUGAUUCUUGAUAGACGACUUCCUGUAAAGUAUGGAAUCAUCAAAAAGGAAAAUAUUGCUUCAGUGGAGUCGAUGGUGAAGAUUCACUACCAAGAUGAUCCUGAUAGCCGCCUGAAAGAGAGCAAAACAAAGUAUUGCUAUAGAUUUGAUUUGACUUUCUCCAAAGGAUUCACAAUACUAGUACCGAGGGUUAAAUUGACCAACCUGGAGGCAGACACAUACUCGGAGGAAGUGCUUACCAUGGAAUUGCUUAGAGAUCAGAUGGCUCUGAUUCAUGGACAUAAAAAUGUUAAUCAACAUAUGUCCGAAUCCUCCACUGCUCAGAAAAAUGCAACUGACACAAAACCUGUGCCUGAUCACCCUGCAUUGGACAAACCUAAGAAAGUUAAGUUGCGCAAGCCCAGCAAUGAUACAGAUGACGAUUUAUUUGAUGAUGAACCGACUUCUGAGGACAACGCAGCCAAGAAGGUGAAGAAAGUUCCGCUGCGAAAGCUGCGAGAAAGAGAAUCUACCAAAUCAAAAGUUUUGAGAUUUCCAGAAAGAAAGUCGGCAAGAUUAGCCAACCUAGAAAAAUACCCUGAAAGCGAGGAGGAGGAAGAGGACGACGACACGCCAGAGUUUGGCACAUCCAAAAGGGAGUCUCAAAGGGUGAAAAACGCUGCUCUAUUGCUGCAAAACACCAAGUCACUGCAAGAAGCAAAGGAGUUUUUUGAGUUUGUCAAUGAAGAAGAUGAAGACCUGAGAGGUUCCACAAACCAAUCUGAUAAUGACAAAGAAUUUGUGCCCAAAAGAAAGCAGUCUAAUAUAAAGGACUUCCUCAAAAGAGAAAAUCUUGACAAGAAAUCAAACACUGUGAGUCAGGAUACCGAUGAAGAUGAUAUCCUUUUCAACACUCCUAAGAAAAACAAGAUUGAAAAGCAAGCAAAAAUUAAUAGACCAGAUUCAACCAAGAAAUCAAGCAAUAGAAUGUCAGUUCCCGAAACACAACCCAUGAUCCAGGAAGAAUUGCAAAAAAGUGAUGACUCUGAUAAUGUGCUUUUUAACACUCCAAGGAAGAACCAGUCUGAAAAUACUGCCCAGAAGUUUGGAACUGGAAAGGGAAAAGCUGUUCUUGACUAUGGAAAGAAGUUAAACAAGACAAUACGUGUUAUGCAUAGUGACAGCAGCUCUGACGUAAAUGAGGUGCCAACCAGUGAGAAGAAACGCUUCAGAAGAAUAUCAUGCGACAGUGACGACAAAGUGAUUGUGGAACAAGUGGACCAACCAUCAAAAUCCAAAUUGCAAUCAGAUAAAUUUGUUUCCAAGAUGGCCAAGAUGCCAACCUUGAUGAAGAGGAAAGUUAGAGCAGAGUCGUCAUCUGAGAGUGAGUCAGGUGACUCACAUGAGCAGGAAACCCACAAAAGGAAGCGAUUGAAGAACAAAAGGAGACUUGAAAUCCACAGAAUUUUGUCAUCUGAUGUGUCGGAUUCUGAAGCAAAAAUCAAUAAGCUAGGACCUCGCCGUCAACCUCUCAUGGAAUCAUCUAUUUUAUCUUUGAAGCAGACAUUGAAGGGCAAGGGAAAAAUAGCACCUUCAAAGUCUAGUUGUUCUGCAGAACAUGGGAGUGAAAGAUCCGAAGCCAUGACAGCAAAUGAAGAUGCAUCCCAGAUGAAAACCCAUGUCAUUGUCCCGAUCAUCCGACCAGAGGGAGCUCCGAUUGGCUCUGCAGUGGUGAUAAAAGUGCCAAAAUCAAUCUCAGAUGAGGAAUUUAAAACCCCACCUACCAGUCCUCAAAUUGAAAAUCAGUCUGAUGAUACACCGGACAAAGGCGAUCGUUUAAAAAAUUUGUGUGCCCAGCCUUAUCAGUCUCUCAAAAAUCUAUUCGGGAAACAACAAGAAGAAUACAACCAAGUCAUCAAUGUUCCCAUGGACUCGUUGGAUGGAUAUUCUCAGUUGCCAGAUGCAGAGUUAAAUUGCGAAGAAAAUGCCGACCUAAACCGCGAAGGAACCCCUGAGAAAACGUCAGAAAACGAAGCCAACGCUGGGAGAACUGUUACAAGGAGUGCCCGCCAGAACAGGUCCCCCCUGCGCUACAAAGACUCCGAGAGCAGUGAUGAAGAAGAGAAAGAAGACUCGCCAGUGGUGCAAAAGAAACGAGGCCGGCCAGCAUUCAAAACUUCAGUUCAAACCCCAAAGAUAGGAAAAGGCAGAGGAAGGCCUCAAUCAACCGUAGGCACACCAAAAAGAGGAACUUCAACUCUGAAACGGAGAAAGCUUGCCACUGAGAAAAGUGAUAUUGAGGAGCAAAAAAUGCCUGGCAGGGAAGACCAAAUGGCAAACAUCCAGGACUUCAUUGAGUCCAGGCUGGAAGAUCAAACUGGAGGUUGCAUGUACAUCAGUGGAUUGCCAGGAACUGGGAAAACUGCUUCUGUUAACCAGGUUUUGCUGAACUUGCUCAAACAAAGAGAAUCAGGAGAAAUAGACUUUAAGUUGCUGCAAGUGAGUGGAAUGGAGCUUACUCAGCCUCAACAAAUAUUUAGUCGCAUGGCUGAAAUUCUCUUGGAGAGCAAAAUGACUCCAGCCAUUGCACAAUCAAGCCUUGCUAAGUACUUCAGCAAUAAAGAUAAGAAACGCCUCUCCACAAUUCUCGUAGUCGAUGAACUUGACAUGCUUUGCACCAGGAAGCAAGACGUCGUCUACCAUUUGUUUGAAUGGCCAACUAAAGCCACAUCUAAACUGAUUGUGCUAACUAUUGCCAACACUAUGGACCUGCCUGAGAGACUUCUUCAGGGAAAAGUUACCAGCCGAAUGGGCUUGACAAGACUGACGUUCCGACCUUACACAUAUGAACAGCUGGAAAAAAUCGUUCAGGUCAAGCUGGAUGAAUCAGGUGAUUUUGAUAGUGAUGCAAGACAGCUAGUUGCCAGGAAAGUGGCUUCACUGAGUGGUGACGCUCGUAGAGCGCUUGAAAUAUGCCGUCGAGCUUUGGAGCUGGCUGAGAACACAAGUGUGCAAAUGAGCCAUGUGAUGAAAUCCCUCAAGGAAAUGCUGGAAACACCCACAGUGGAAACCAUUAAAAACCUUGGCCCCUUGGAGAAGCUAUUCUUGAACUGUAUGGCAAGUGAGAUUCAAAGGACAGGUGUUGAGGAAACUUCACUUGGUGAAGUGAUAAAAUCUAUGAGAUCAAAUGGACUGUUCCAUGGUGUGACGGAUUUCACAGAUUCAAAAAUAUCUGAAAUUUGUGCUCGUUUGGCAUCUUGUCGUUUGGUUCUUGCGGAGCAAGAUAGAGCAGGACUGAGACAAAGGAUUUCAUUGAAUGUCAACCCUGAUGACCUGCACUAUGCUCUGAAAGUUUCAAAUCAAAUUUGAUCAGUAAUAAAAUGUGCCUUUUUCUAUUUGAAUAGCUCUAAAUUUGUUUUUCAAAAAUCAUACUGUUUUAAUAAAUGUAAUUUUGGAUAAAACUUUGUAUAAAAUAUUCUUAAAGUGAGAUGCUGUGUAUGUCAUUUAAAUUUGAUUAUAAUAAUAGAAAAUUAAAUAAGCACGCUAUUUAUAAAUUA